AUGGCCCCCUUCAAGUUAAGAAAAAGCAAAAAGAAGGACUCUAAACACGAUGCCUCGUCAUCGUCAUCGUCCAAGAAAGACCCCAAAUCACCUGGCACCUCAGUCACAUCGUCUUCAGGCUCCUCGAUCCACGAUUCCACUUCAGAAUCCCCUGUGCAGCAUAAAUAUUCAGAAGAAAUGAAACUGUCGGCAGAAUUCAUAAAUCGCCCGCAAAUGGACCUCCAACAACAACAGCAGAAAUUGUUCUCGAUGCCUCCUCCCCAACAACAACAACAACAACAACAACAACAACAGUCAACUGGUGGAUCCUUCCAACAACAACAGGGCACCCCAACAACUAUGAACUCGUCUCGUCAACUUCCUUUGAUCCCUACUGCCGGACAAAGCUUAUCCCCCAUCGAAACCCCCCAUAAUACAAACAUUUUACGCUCUACCCAAGCCAAUAGUGGUAGACCCGGUAUAAUGAGUAACAACAAUAUGAACUACCAACAAAAACCGUUGCCUCCUCACCAAUAUACCCCUCGUAAUAAUAACAAUAACCCUCCUCCACCACAAAACUCAAACAACCCUUUUGUCAUGUCGUCUCGUAACACUAGCCAGCAAACUUUGGGCCAACAGUCUCCUCUUGUCCAAGCUAUCCAGAAUUUCACUCCGUGGUCCAGAGUAAAGCUUACCGCCCUGCCUUUCCCUAGAUACCGCCACACCUCGUCUUCAGUGAUUUCUGAACAGGGCCACGUAUUUGUCAUGGGUGGGUUACGCGAAGGAUCAGUAUACGGUGAUCUCUGGGCUUUAAACUCCACAACGUUUGACGCAAAAUCGAUCGAAAACUUUGACGGGAUCCCUGCCCCAAGAGUCGGACAUAACAGUUGUUUAUGUGGUAAUGCGUUCAUCAUCUUUGGUGGGGAUACCAUCCAAACCAACGAACAAGGCGAACUUGAUAACGAUCUUUAUCUUUUCAACAUCAACUCCUUAAAAUGGACCAUUCCUCACCCUCAGGGAGAUAGACCGUGUGGUCGUUACGGCCAUACCAUCGGCGUCAUUGCCAAAACUAACGUUCAAUCAAAGUUAUACUUGUUUGGUGGCCAGCUUGACUCGAAGAUUUUCAAUGAUCUUUGGGUGUUUGAUCUCUCGUCAUUUAGAAAACCUACCUCCCAUUGGGAAAAAAUCAUCCCUAGUAAUGAUCCCAAUGAUCUCGAUAAUAUCCCUCCACCGUUAACCAACCAUUCCAUGGUGAUUUUCAAUUAUAAAUUAUACAUGUUUGGUGGCUCAAACCUUCAGCGUCUUAGCAAUGAUCUCUACUGUUUCGAUCCAAACUUGAACUCUUUCUCUCGCUUGAAAUGUACUGGUGAUAUUCCUCCUCCAAUUGAAGAGCAUUCAACAACCCUUAUUAAAAACCUUAUGAUUGUUUACGGUGGUAAAAACAGCAAAAGUGAAACCGUCGAUAGUCUUUACAUUCUUAAUUUGAACUCUUUCCAUUGGACCCGCGUCGAAUCAUUCAUGCUAAACCCUGGUGCUCGUUGUGGUCAUAGUAUCACCGCAAUUUUCAAUUAUUCCAGAAAAAACCAAAAUGGCCAGCCUCAACUCAAAGAUUCUGAUGACCGUCGUUUCCAAAAUAAUCAAAUCAUCCCAACGAAAGUCCUGCCUAAUGCCUUGGCCUCAUCCCCCCUUUCCAGCUCAAAGAAUAAAAUCCUUAUCAUGGGUGGUGAUCAAUUAGAUUACUGCACUUCUAACGCUGGGAGUUUUGAAAAAAGCAACAAAGACGAGAAUUUCGGGACCAUGAUCUACGUAUUCGAUUUAGAUCUCUACAAUGAAUGGAGUGUUAAAUUCAAGAAUUUCGAUCUUUGGGAUGACAAAUUGCCACAAAUUUUAACCAAACAGGCUUCUCCAGUGCACAACAAUAACAAUGGUGUUUUUGGUCAACUGCUGCCAUUUGUCAAGGCUAUUGCUGCUAAUUCAGUAUCGCCUACCAACGGCAGUGCUCUGACAUUUACUACUCUUCCACACUCGGAAAACCACCAUACAGUUCAUCAACCGAUCAUUGAGGACAACAAAAAUAAUGUGUUUUCCGAUCAGCCGUUUGAAACCGCGCCACCACCGGUCCCUCCACAACGUAAGGACUCUGUCGGGUCUUUGGACGCGUUUAGCACUCCUCCUACCACCACUACUGGCUCUCCUCAAAGUUUGACUCGGGAGAUUGUUGAAGACAAGACUUCCAACAAUGCUGCUAUGGAAAAGAUACAGAAUAUGGGGGCUUCUGCUGCUUUAGUCGAUGCAGGCGUGGUCGGUAACACCACACUAGAGACGGCCAAUGGCAUGGUCAAUAAUGAGUCUCUGGGAUCCGAAACUUCUCCUCGUGAUUUUGAUCUUCUAGACACUUAUGUCAAUUCUUCUGUCGAUUUACUCGAGAAAAUGUCCCAGCAACAACCGCAAACUAAACUCAAAAAGUUGGAUAUCGCCGCGGCAACAAAUUCCACCAUACCUGAAGCCCCAAGUACCCCAGUCAAGGAAAAUAUUGAGGAAUUCUCAAUUGCCCAACCAGAAAAACGUGUUUCGAUUCCUGCCAGAUCUCCUAAACGCACCGGAUCGCCACAAUUGAAUUCUCCUCAAGAUAAUGGCCUUUCGCCAACCACCGCUGACUUGUACGUGUCGGCAAUCAGUAAUUUGCCAGAGCAGAAUGGUGUUCGUUCCAUUGAUGAUCAAGUAAUAAAUGGGACUAUGAAACAGGAUCAUCAAGAUGCUGCUAGCUCCCAGGCUGCUACUGCCCAGUUUGCUAAAGCUGUGGAAUUACUUGAAACUGAACUUUCUGAAUUGAAGCUCGAAAUGAAUAACCAGGCUAAAGCUGCUUCUGAUCGCAUUCAUGAACUUGAACAGCACUCCAGGGACUUGGAGCAGCGCCACGAGAUUUCUGAACAACGGAAUGCAGAAUAUGAAUCUAAACACGCUGAAUUACAAGAAACCAUUAUUGCAAGAGAACAAGAGGUUCAAGAAAGUCAUGGUUCAUUGCAAGGGGAACUUAUACAAAAGGAUAAAGCUAUCCAACAAUUGCAGCUGGAAAUCGAGGGGAUUCACACCAAACACGCUAAUGAUGAUCAACUUGAAAUUCAGGAAUUGCAGCAACAGUUGGCAGGGAUGCAUGAACAAUUAACCCAAAAGCAUACGGAAUUGUCUACCAUCAAUGAAAAAUUUGUUUCUAAAGACGACGAAUUUGUCGCUUUGUCAAAAGAAUUGGAACAGUUGAAGGCUAGUUCAAUUGCUAAAGAUGUUCCUGUUGAGGUAUCUAGUAACAAUGAUGAGGAAUUGGAGGCCCUCAAACAACAAUUAGCAGAAAAGGACAGAAUAAUUGAGGAAUUGAAUUCCAGUACCAAUGAGUUGGAUCGCGGGGGAGUAAUCGAAAGUAGCUCUCCAAUUUCUGGAAGUAUCACUGGUCUUGUGUCUGAUAGGGAUUUGAACGCCAUUAGAAGAGAAAACAUUGAAUUGCAUUCUGAACUUAUUAAAGCCAGAGCUAACAACGAAACUCUUAACCAAAAAUUCCAGGAGUUUGAACCAUUUAUGAAUAAUCUGAUUAUUGAGCUUGAGCAGCUUAAUGAAGUGAUUUUGCACCAAAAGGAAGAAAUCGAAUCUCUUACUGGUCAACUCGUUCAAACUGAAGCGUUGCAAGAUGAAGUUUCGUCAUUACAAACCGAAAAUGAUAUUCUUAAAAAAGAACUCGAGAAUGUUAAACGUGAUCGUUCCAGCAAGCGUACAAUCACUAAUGAUAAGAUUAAUAAUAUUUCUACCGAUAUUUCCAAGUUGGUUACUUUGUGGCGUUCUAAGAAAGAGAUCACCCUGGAUUUGGAUCGUUCGAUGAUCACUGAUGAGCUGCUAAGUGAAACCACUGCCAACGACGAAGACUUUGCUAAUGGCUCAGUGAUUUCAAAUUUCCUGACUAACAGUAAUUCUAAAGCCUUUGGCCAGCUUCAAUCUCAAAUCAACGAACUCAUUCAAAUUAACAAAGAGCAGGAACUCAAGAACCACGCUCUUCAAGAAAAAGUGGCGGCUAUGACAAACGAAAUGACCUCACUACAAGAACAAGCCGGCAAAGGCAAAGACCUCGAGAAAUACGAGGAAAAUUACCGUAAUGCCAUGAACUCGAUGAAAAAGACUGGUAGAGCUCUUGAAGUAUCACAAAAGGAACUCAACAAACAGAAGGAAUUGAAUAGCCAACUUCGUACAGAAAUUGAGGAUUUGCAGGCGGUCACUGACAGCAGCAUGAAUGGUGAUGAUGAUAUGAAGAACGCUCAUUAUGAUUUCAAGAUCAAGGACUUGGAAGCUGAAUUGUUUAUUAUUAAACAAGAACGUGAUGAAUUGAAGGAUAGUGUGGUGUCUUUGCGUAAAAAGCUUAUGACUGGAGGAAAAUGA